AAUUGCGCCCUAUGUUGUUGAACACUCGCUGGCCUGGUAGUGAGUGUCUCGAUCCACGGCCAAACAGAGGCGCUAAAAAGAACAUUGCUUGAGAUAGGCUUGAGAGCAGUAUCAUGCACCGAAGCCACACCUCGAUUGCGGGCUUCAAACCCAUUUGACGAAUUCAGGUCCGGAUCCAAGACUUGGCCAAUGGAAACGGAGGUGCACCUGGCAGUCAAGUCGGUCUUGGGACGGAUGUUGCAACCCCGGCCGGCUGUUGUUCCCGCCCCGCAAAGAAGUUGAGAAGGAGCAAGAUGGCCGGUGGUGGCUCGUGAUGGCGAGUUUGUAGGCAUAUCCGUACUUUCUCCAGGCUUGCAAGCUUCUACAAUAUCGCCAUCUUUGUCUUUGAUUUGUACACUAGUCAUACCCCCGCGAAUCCCGAUCGAAAAUGUUGGAAAUAAUGCAUUUCCUAGACCCAAAUUCGCCGUUUCAGACCAUCGUGCCACGGGGCCAGGCGGGAGAUAAGAAGAAGCAUCAUGGGUCGCCGAUAUUAAACACAGGGCAAAGAGAUGCCGCCAUUGGCUGAGGUCUCUUGGAUGCAUCGCCGCCCAUCAGGAAAACGAGUGGCAAGUCCCCGUCGAGCCUACCGUGCCGUUUUGCACCCCGUUUUCCCUUACUGAUUCUUUUCUAGCCCAUCAUCCCACAUGGGCCCCAAGUGGUCCCCAAUCCCGAUGCCAGAGCAUUUGAUAUUGGAGGCAUGAAAAAAGACCGUCAGUGCGACAUCGCUUGUGAGUUGAUUCGGCCCUCCGCUUCGGACACCUCAGGCCUGGCACACCCAGCCCAGCCCUGCGGCAGCUAUCACCAAUGCUUUUUGCUUCUUCUCUCCUUCUUUCGAAGCCGACCAUCGCUUCCAUGCGUCAGGGCACGCAUUAGUGUUAUCUCAUCGCGACGGGAUGGAUCAAGGAACAGCAUCACGCAAGCAGUCUCCAGGUCUCUGGGCAAUGCUGGGGCCCCCGCCUCGAUCCCUGUCACAUCGCCGGGAGCUCAACCCAUCAAACCAGCCAUCAGGCCAAUUUAGGCAGGUCAGCACUCGCUGGGGAUCGCUGUGGUCGACGGCUUGUGUGCUUCCUGUGCUUCCAGAAGCAGCCCCUCCUUCAUUUUCACCCGCUAGCGAGUUGACCUGACCCUCCCAUGGUCCUGCUCCCCCAGGCCCGCCGAGAAGUCGCCCAGCCGAACCAGUGUUUGCCCUUGGCCCAGUGCACUCCAUGUCGCCGACGCUGGCUGCUGCAGAGAAUCCACCGUUUUCUUUCCCACCACCUUCUCCCCUUCCGACACCACCACUUCUCCAUUCCUGCGCUGUCGCCCGCUGCCCCGUUCGUCGCUGGCUCUGUCUCGCCUGUGUGAACCCCGGGCCCCGCUUCUUCACUGAUCAGUGAGCCAGUGUUCUGCGCAUUGAAGCACGAGGCAGCCAUGUCCAGUUUCAAUAUACAUUAAUCCAUCCCCCUGUCUUAGCUGCGCUCGCGCCAUUGACUUUGUUUUCUCUUUUUUUCUUCUCCCUACAACACCAAAACGUUGCUAUUUUGCGUGACGGCCCCGACAACACACCACUGGGCGCGUCGAUUACACCCUUUCUUGCUUCUCCGGCCCUGUCGCGCCGGGAGCAACGGAGCGGCCGAUACUCGCUCCGCUCAACCAAGGGGAUCUCUGAAGGAAGGCAGUGUGGAUUGAGACAGAACCAAAAUGGUCCCGGCAUUUUUGAGUGGCAUUCUUCGACGGCGGCAUGAUGAGGAGGAGCAACUGCCAAGUGUUGACGGGUCGUUGGAGGGGGACUCGAGUGGGCUGGCGUCGCUGAAGCAUUUUGAGAAGAUGCACCGACUGGAUCCAAACCUGCCGUUGGACGAGCUGGAGGAGGUGGAUAUCGCCAUCAUCUUGAACCAGCAAAAUGCCGAGAAGGGGGCGGAAAUUGAGCAGGUCUUGAAUGAGGACAACUCUCCAUAUCCAGAAGUACGAGCCACGGUACGAAACUUCGAUGUCGAGAUGCCUGCGAAUACGGUGCGAGCAUGGGUCAUUGGGAUGCUCUUGUGUACGAUUGGCUCCGCCGUCAACAUGCUGCUGUCGCUACGAAACCCGAGCAUCAUGCUCACGACAUUUGUCAUCCAACUCAUCGCCUACCCAUUGGGUCUCUGCUGGGAUUAUGUGUUCCCGGACCGUGUGUGGAAUGUAUGGGGGCUCAAGUUCAACCUCAGGCCAGGGCCAUUCAACUUUAAGGAGCAUGUCAUCAUUGUGGUCAUGUCAAAUGCUGCGUAUGGAGGUGGCGCUUUGUAUGCUACUGAUGUGAUCAUUGCACAGCGUAUGUGGUACGGCCAGAACUUUGGCUGGCUAUGGCAAAUGCUAUUCGGCAUCACGACACUUUGCACGGGUUAUGGGCUGGCUGGUUUGGCAAGGAGGUUCCUGGUGUGGCCCGCCGCCAUGAUCUGGCCGACCGAUCUCGUCAACUGCGCCCUAUUUUACACCCUUCAUGACCACAGCCCAUCCGAUCCGACAGUGACGAACGGCUGGAGCAUCAGCAGAUACAAGUGGUUCAUGAUCGUGUUCGGUGGCUCGUUUUUGUGGUACUGGUUCCCAGGCUAUCUCUUCCAGGGCUUGUCAUGGUUCUGCUGGAUCACCUGGAUCUGGCCGGAGAAUGUUGUGGUCAACCAGCUGUUUGGUGGAUAUAGCGGUUAUGGACUGUUCCCCAUCACUCUGGAUUGGAGUAUAAUUUCCGGCUAUCUCAUGUCACCGCUUAUUCCCCCAUUUCACGCCAUCGCCAAUGUCAUCGGCGGGGUCACGGUUUUCUUCGUUUUUGUGUCCAUCGGGAUCCAUUACUCGGGCAUGUGGUACUCGGAGUUCCUGCCGGUUCAAAAUGCCCACGCUUACGAUAACACCGGCAAUAUUUACAACGUUUCCAAAAUUUUAGGAGCUGACCUGCAGUUCGACGAGGCCAAAUACAUGGCCUACUCCCCGCUUUAUCUCCCUACCCAAUUCGCGCUCGCCUACGGGCUUUCGUUCGCCGCGGUUGCUGCCGUCAUCACACACGUCGCCUUGUACCACGGCCGCGAAAUCAUGUCGCAAUGGAGGCUGGCCCGGCAACAAGAGGACGACAUUCACAUGAGGCUCAUGAAGAAGUACAAGGACGCUCCGGACUGGUGGUACGUUGUACUCUUCGUCAUCAUGCUCGGCAUGUCUUUUGCCGUGGUCGAGGCCUGGGACACCAACUUCCCCUGGUGGGCUUACAUCAUCUGCAUGCUCAUCCCGCUUGUCUGGACGAUCCCCAUCGGCAUCGUCCAGGCUAUCACCAACAUUCAACUCGGCCUCAACGUCUUGACCGAGUUCAUCAUCGGUUACAUGCUCCCCGGUCGCCCGCUCGCCAUGAUGAUGUUCAAGAACUAUGGUUACUUGUGCAUGUCACAAGCGCUUUACUUUGUCCAGGAUAUGAAACUAGGUCACUACAUGAAGGUCCCUCCCCGAACCAUGUUCUGGUCGCAGCUCAUCGCAUCGAUAUGGUCCGCCAUUGUUCAAAUCGCCGUCAUGAACUGGGCCCUGGACACGAUCCCCGACAUCUGCUCCGAAGAUCAAAUUCACCAUUGGAACUGCCCAAGCGCUCGCGUCUUUUAUACCGCUUCCAUAGUAUGGGGCGCUAUUGGUCCGGCGCGCAUGUUUUCUGGCACAGCGCUUUACAGCUCUCUCCAGUGGUUCUGGCUCGUCGGCGCCAUUGCUCCCAUCAUCACCUGGUUCUUCGCCCGCCGAUAUCCGAGAUCCCUCUGGCGGUACGUCAACAUGCCGCUUAUUUUCGGUGGAUCAGGCUGGCUGCCACCCGCGACGGUGUAUAUCUACUACUGCUGGGGCAUCGUGGGGACGGCCUUCAACUAUCUUAUCAGGAGGAAGAAGACAGGUUGGUGGUUGCAGUACAACUAUGUCACUUCGUCGGCGCUGGACUGCGGGUUGAUUGUGUCAACGUUGGUGAUUUUCUUUGCGCUCUAUCUGAGCGAGACGGAUGCGCCGAAGUGGUUCGGAAACACGGCCGUGUUGGCUACUUUGGAUAUGACGGCGAAGUCGAUACAAAAGGUUGUACCGAAGGGGGAGACUUUUGGGCCGAGUGUAUGGCCAUAGUGGGGAGUGAGGGUACAGGGGCAAAUAGGGGGUCAAAUGGGAGGAGUUUAGGGAGUUGGAUGUGUUUUGUUUGGGGGGGGGAGUUUACCGGUUUUGAUUGAUUUUUCAGUUCGGAAAGUCUUUACUAUAUGGCAUGUGCUGGACUUGGUUUUGUUCACUUGUGGUUUGAUGGUUAUUUUUGGAUGAAAAUAAGCGAGCGAGUAAGCGAGCAAUGGUCUUUGGGGGGAUUUUGUCUCUGUUGAUUUAAGGGGUGAGGGGGGUUGAUAUGGAGAGGAUCAAGUCAUGUGUCAUAUGUAGCUGUCUAUUGGGAUGUCAAAAAUGAGAUAGUUGUCGGUCAAGGGACUUUUCGGGUUUGUUGUGCCCUAUUUGCGAGUGUCAAGUUUCCCUAAAACCUUCGAUAUCACUCUAUGACAAUAGGUGUUUCAAACUUAGAUACGUAAAAUUAGAGACCAUAGUUCAAAAGCUCAAGAAUACAUCCUAUCCCAUAA